CUGACAUAUACUUCCUCUAUCAAGGUUUAGAUAGAAGCUAGGAAGAUAGACCAUACUUUACAGAAGUCCCAAAUGAGCAUUUAGCAAUAUAUGUAAAAUUGUAACAUAGAACUGAGUUUCAGAUCCUAAAUCGGGCAUUCUAAAGUUCUGACAAUAGAAAAGUUCAGUUGAAAGACGCCUGACUUGCAGUUUUACCCUGACAAGUGACAAAAAUAAAAAAGCAACUUAUUCUAAAGCCUUUUCGUUGGAAGGAGUAAUAUAACAUCAGUCCCUGAGAGUGAAAGUGAAAGAAGAGGGGAGAAAUAACAGGUAGCUAUGUGUGACACGAACACCAUCCACAUACACAUCCUCCAAGGUGUGAGCUACCUUUCUGUGUUUCUGGUGGGCCUGCUACUCAACAUGGCGUCUCUACGUGUCUUCUUCAUCAAACGGGCCACGUGGACGGACACACACAUCUUCAUGCUGAACCUCGCCGCCGCCGACUGUGCCCUAAUCCUCUUCCUCCCUUUCCGCAUCUAUGAUGCCUUCCAGAGUCUGCCCAUAACGCCCUUCUGCUCGUUUCUCAUCUCAACACAUUACAUCAACAUGUACGCCAGUAUCUUCACCGUCACCGCCAUCAGCGUCCACCGCUUCCUGGUGGUCAAGUUCCCGUUCCAGACCAGAGCGUGGCGAUCAAAGAAGGUGGCUGUGGCGGUGUGUGGGGCCAUAUGGGUCAUGGUAGUAAUGAUUUGUGGUGUGUUCAGUGAUGCCAACCAUCCCCAAAAACUAUUGACAUGCUAUCAGAGAUGUAAAGAAAUCCCAUUGCCUGUUGGGUUCCUUGCGGUUCUAGAAGUGCUGGGGUACCUUCUCCCACUCUUGAUUAUAGUGUUCUGUUCCACACAGACCAUAAUGGUUCUGCUGAAGGAGAAGGAUCAGGAAGAAACCACUGUGGAGAAGAGGAACAUCAUUGGCAUUAUAACAGCCAACCUGAUCGUCUUUGUGGUUUGCUACACCCCCAUCCAUCUUGGGUUUCUGCUGAAAUACCUGGCCAAAACAAACCACUGGGAAACGUUAGACUGGGAUGGUUUUUGGCAGGUUUGUGAAUGGAUCGCUACCACAAACUGCUUCUUGGAUUCCAUUAGUUAUUACUUUCUGUUGAAACAGUUUUAUUCUAAAGCCAGUAGAUCAGCAGAAGUUGACAGAGGCUCAGAGAUUGCAUUAACCACCAAUCAAACUGUGAACACACAAACCUACCCCGAUAAUGAUGCAUCAUACCCCUCCCUCCCUCCAUGUAUUACACCGCCAGAAUAACGUCAUCAUGUUUUUUUGACAUCUCUUUUAUUAAAAUCAUAUUUUAAAUAAAGUGUGUAUAUGU